AUGACCAGCAUAGAUGAGCUUUUCAAGAAACCCACUUCAGCAGCCAGCGCCAAGCGUAAACUGGACGCUACCACAGAUCCAAAUGAACUCUACAAGGCUGCCAAACUAGAUGCGAACGGCGAUGUGAAAUCCAAGGGAAAGGAGCCAAUGGUUGAAGACGAGAACGAAGAUGAUGGUGAAGCCGGUCCAGAGCUACCUCCAGACUUCGAAGCCGAGGAUAUCCCAGACGAUGAGGAAGGGCGCUUUUUCGGAGGCGGCAUGGAGCGCCAGACGGCUCAGGCGAUGCAUUAUAUUGACCAGCAGGAAGAAGGGGGUGUUGCGCCCGAGAAAUUCGAUGCCGCAUGGCUGCGACGAUUUGCUCUCAAUUUCGAAAAAAAGAUAUCGAAGAAUGCCGAGUUGCGCGGAAAAUAUGAAAACGAUCCACAAAAGUUCAUGGCCUCGGAAGCUGAUCUAGACAACGAAAUAAAGGGACUAUCUAUUCUCUCAGAGCACCCCGAAUUAUACAUGGAGUUUUCAGAGUUGGGCUGCGUAGGCUCUCUGAUCUCUUUACUCUCGCACGAGAACGCAGAUAUUGCCAUUGAUGCGAUCCAAAUCAUCGGCGAGUUAACCGACGAAGAUGUUGAAGCCGAGCAAGAACAAUGGGACACAUUGGUAAAUGCAAUGUUGGAUGCCGACCUUAUCGAACUAUUAGCCCAGAACUUGUCACGGUUGGACGAAGAGUCUGAUGUCGACAGAGCAGGGGUUUACUAUGUACUGAGUGUUUUAGAGAACCUUGCGUCCCAAACUUCACAUGCAGAGAAGCUAGGCGAUGAUUCAAAUUUGCUUCCAUGGCUCCUGACUCGCAUACAGAAGAAGGAAAGACCGUCGUCUUCCAGGACGCGAAACAAAUUUAUUGGUCUCGAGGGCGUCGAUAUCCUUCUUCAACUGCUCAGCCAAUACCGUAAGCGCGAUCCUGCAAAGGAUUCAGACGAGGAAGAAUUCGUGGAGAACCUGUUCGACUGCUUGAUCUGUCUCGUCGAUGAAGACUCCGGAAAGGAAAAGUUUAUUGAGGGCGAAGGUAUUGAACUUGCACAAAUCAUGUUGAAGGAAGGAAAGUUCAGUAAACCGCGCGCUUUGCGGGUCUUAGAUCAUGCCCUGGGUGGCAUGGGUGGCAGGCCCGCGUGCGAAAGGUUUGUCGAAGCAGCAUGCUUGAGAACAGUGUUUGGGAUGUUCAUGAAGAAGCAAGAAAAUCAAACGAUAGAGCAUUUAUUGGGUAUCUUUGCUUCGCUUCUGCGUCUCCUACCGGGAGGUUCAGCAGCCCGUAUCCGUACUCUUGCUAAAUUCAUGGAGAAAGAUUAUGAGAAGAUUGAGAAGUUAGUAAAGCUGAGGCGCGAUUAUGCGUCGAGGGUAACGCCAGUUGAACAAGCUAUCGAGAAAGAACGGAAGAAUUUCACUGAAGAGGAACGAGAGGUGAUGGCAGUGGAAUGGCUCUCUCGGCGAUUUGAUGCUGGUCUAUUCUCCCUCCAGCUCAUCGAUGUAAUGCUGGCGUGGCUUGUGGCAGAAGAUGAUGGCGCUAAAAAGAAGAUCAUGUCCCUUUUGGCGGACCGCGACGAAGGCCUUUCUCUGAUCCAGGGCACAUUGAAAGAACAAAUUGAAGGGCUUUCGGACGAUGAUCCCGGACAGAGAGAUCAUAAGGAAAUGCUUGAGACUCUUUUACAGUUCUAUUGGUGGCAGAACCUCGUCAAAAUGGCGGACUACGAUGAUGCCUACGAGGAUGAGUUUUACGAUGAUAUGGAGGAGGGGAUCACUUCGGAGGAUUGCUGGACUGUCAUCUCGUCUUUCUUCGAUACGAAGGGUCUAGUCUCGCAGCAGCUGGAUUCUUUCGAUGAAUUCAUUUCAUCGACAAUGCAAGAACUUGUGGAGGAACAAGGCCAAGUAACACUCGACCAGACACUUCCGCCUGACGAAGAUGAAGUCGAUCCCGUUGUUGUCCGUCGCUAUGAGCUCAAGUUCGGAACAGUUAUGCUUUCUCGCCCCUCGGUCACUGAGGGUGAUGGUGCCACCACUAUCAUGUUGCCCCAGGAAGCUCGUCUGCGAAACCUUACCUACGCUAGUCCCCUCUACCUCGGCAUCACAAAGCGAAUUAUGGAAGGUAGAGAGCGAUCGGUUGCUGAUCGUGACGAUGAGGAGAUAGAGGAGGAUGAAGACAGAAAGGCUCGUGGCACAUACCUCCAGUGGGAGCAGAAGGAGCUGCCGGCCGAUCAAGCCAAAGAGGAAACCGUUUUCAUCGGAAAAGUGCCUAUUAUGCUCAAGUCCAAGUAUUGUAUUCUGAAGGAUCUGAGUGAGCAGGCUCUAUAUAACUGGAAUGAAUGCCCUUAUGACUCUGGUGGUUAUUUCAUCAUCAACGGAAGCGAAAAGGUUUUGAUUGCCCAGGAGCGAAGUGCAGGUAACACGGUCCAGGUUUUCAAAAAAGCACCUCCGAGUCCCACACCUUAUGUGGCCGAAAUUCGAAGUGCCGUCGAGAAAGGAUCUCGACUCCUUUCCCAACUGUCCCUUAAGUUGUUCGCUAAGGGUGAUAGUGCAAAGGGUGGCUUCGGCCCUACUAUCAGGUCCACAUUGCCCUAUGUGAAGACGGACAUUCCGAUCGUCGUCGUUUUCAGAGCGCUCGGUGUGGUCUCUGAUGAGGACAUUCUUAACCACAUUUGCUACGACCGUAACGACAUUCCUAUGCUGGAAAUGCUCAAGCCUUGUAUUGAAGAGGGCUUCGUCAUUCAAGAUCGUGAAGUUGCUUUGGAUUUCAUUGCUAAGCGUGGCUCUUCCCAAUCAAGCAUGAAUCAUGAGCGUCGUGUGAGAUACGCGCGUGAAAUCAUGCAAAAGGAGUUGCUUCCUCAUAUCUCACAGAGUGAAGGUAGUGAGACUAGGAAGGCAUUCUUCUUGGGUUAUAUGGUGCACAGACUUCUGCAAUGUGCUCUAGGCCGCCGGGAUGUUGAUGACCGUGAUCACUUCGGAAAGAAGCGUCUCGAUCUUGCAGGCCCCCUUCUGGCGAACCUCUUCCGUGUUCUGUUUACGCGAGUUACUCGUGAUCUCCAGCGUUAUGUCCAGAGAUGUGUUGAGACCAACAGAGAGAUUUACCUCAAUAUUGGUAUCAAGGCCAGCACACUGACCGGUGGCUUGAAGUACGCUCUUGCUACUGGUAACUGGGGUGAACAGAAGAAGGCCGCAAGCGCUAAGCUGCUUCACAAUACCCAUUGGGGGUUGGUCUGUCCAGCAGAGACUCCUGAAGGUCAGGCUUGUGGUCUGGUCAAGAACUUGGCCCUCAUGUGUUAUGUCACUGUUGGUACACCCAGCGAACCUAUCAUUGACUUUAUGAUUCAGCGUAACAUGGAAGUUCUCGAGGAGUUUGAGCCUCAAGUGACACCCAAUGCAACAAAGGUCUUCGUGAAUGGAGUGUGGGUCGGUAUUCACAGAGAUCCUGCUCAUCUUGUCAACACAAUGCAGUCGCUGCGGCGACGAAAUAUGAUCUCUCACGAGGUCAGUUUGAUUCGCGAUAUCCGCGAGCGGGAGUUCAAGAUCUUCACCGAUGCUGGACGUGUUUGCAGGCCGUUAUUCGUCAUUGACAAUGAUCCGAAGAGCGAAAACUGUGGCGGUCUGGUCUUGAACAAGGAGCACAUCCGCAAGUUGGAACAAGACAAAGAAUUACCACCCGACCUCGACCCUGAAGAUCGUAGAGAACGUUACUUUGGAUGGGAUGGGUUAGUGAGAUCUGGUGUUGUAGAGUAUGUUGACGCCGAAGAAGAAGAGACGAUCAUGAUUGUCAUGACACCGGAAGACCUGGAGAUUUCCAAACAGCUUCAGGCUGGUUACGCCCUUCCUGAAGAAGAGCUCGAUCCUAACAAGCGUGUCCGUUCUAUACUGAGCCAGAAGGCACAUACUUGGACCCACUGUGAGAUUCAUCCUAGUAUGAUUCUCGGUGUUUGUGCUAGUAUCAUUCCAUUCCCUGAUCACAAUCAGUCGCCCCGUAACACAUACCAAUCUGCUAUGGGUAAGCAAGCUAUGGGUGUGUUCUUGACAAACUUCGACCAGCGAAUGGAGACGAUGGCGAAUAUUCUCUACUACCCUCAGAAGCCACUAGCGACAACACGGUCAAUGGAGUUCCUGCGAUUCCGUGAAUUGCCAGCUGGUCAAAAUGCCAUCGUUGCUAUUGCUUGCUAUUCUGGUUACAACCAGGAAGAUUCGGUUGUUAUGAACCAAAGCAGCAUUGAUCGUGGUCUUUUCCGCAGUCUUUUCUACCGUACGUACACAGACAGCGAGAAGAUGGUUGGUUUGACGGUUGUUGAACGCUUUGAGAAGCCAAUGCGACAGGAUACGAUUGGCAUGAGAAAGGGCACUUAUGAUAAACUGGACGAGGAUGGUAUCAUUGCUCCUGGUGUACGUGUCUCUGGUGAGGAUAUCAUCAUUGGUAAGACGGCCCCUCUGGCUCCCGAUGCGGAAGAGCUCGGCCAGAGAACCAAAGCCCAUACCAAGCUGGAUGUCUCUACACCUCUUAGGAGUACUGAGAGCGGUAUAGUGGACCAGGUUCUGGUGUCCACCAGCAAUGAUGAUCUGAAGUUCGUCAAGGUCCGUAUGCGGACUACCAAAAUCCCUCAAAUUGGAGACAAAUUCGCUUCGCGUCACGGACAGAAGGGUACUAUUGGUAUUACCUACCGUCAAGAAGACAUGCCUUUCUCUCGGGAAGGUGUUUCGCCUGAUUUAGUCAUCAACCCUCACGCCAUUCCCUCGCGUAUGACCAUCGCUCACUUGAUCGAGUGCCAGCUUAGUAAAGUGUCAGCCCUGCGUGGCUUUGAGGGUGAUGCGACACCCUUUACCGAUGUUACUGUCGAUUCUGUCUCUCGUCUACUUCGCGAGCACGGCUACCAGUCUCGGGGGUUUGAGGUAAUGUACAACGGCCAUACCGGCCGGAAGCUAGUGGCACAGGUGUUCUUGGGACCUACGUACUACCAACGUCUGCGCCACAUGGUCGAUGACAAGAUCCAUGCCCGUGCCCGUGGACCGACUCAGAUCUUGACUAGACAACCCGUGGAAGGUCGUGCCCGUGAUGGUGGUCUCAGAUUCGGAGAGAUGGAACGUGAUUGUAUGAUCGCCCAUGGAGCAAGUGCCUUCCUAAAGGAACGUCUCUUUGACGUUUCUGACCCGUUCCGCGUCCACAUCUGCGAUGACUGCGGGUUAAUGACGCCAGUCGCUAAACUGAAGAAGGGACUUUUUGAGUGUCGACUGUGCAACAACAAGCACAGGAUCUCACAAGUGCAUAUCCCAUAUGCCGCCAAGCUUCUGUUCCAAGAGCUGGCCUCAAUGAACAUUGCCGCCCGCAUGUUCACCAACCGUUCCGGUGUGUCCGUGCGGUGAGGGGCCACGGUGAGGAGCCCAUCAUCCAUGCAUCUG